GCGAGUUGGGGCAGCCCCUGCGCUCGGCCCUGCUCGGCGGCGAGAGCUCCGCCGGGGCGCCGGGUUCCCACUGACGCGGGGGCGGCCGGGCGCCGAGGGGACUGACCCACUUCCGCGGACCCCGCCGGCCUGGGGCCGGGAGAGGCGGGAGCGCCGGGCAGCGCAGAGAGCGGGCCGACCCCGAGCGCACUGGAGGCACCCGAGCGCCCCGCGCCCUGGCACCAUGCGACCCGCCGCGCCUCCUUGCCGGUCCCGGGCGUCGCUCUCCGCUCGCUGAGCCCCCGCGCUCGCCACCACGGAAACUCGGAAAGACGAGGCGAGACGUUGGGAGCAGCGCGGAGACGGACCCAGACGUCCCCUCGGCCCCCAAGAGGCUGCGGGUCCCUCGUUCCCUGGGCUUCUCUAUCUUGACCAUGAACCUGGCGCAAGCUUGGCUUUAGGAGAAAUUCGGAAGCCGGAGGGGAAGUCACGGCAAUUUUUUGGUUGCUAAGUGUGAGUGAAGACAUCCAGGAUGGCUCAGGGAUCUGGGGACCGAAGAGCAGUGGGGAUUGCUGAUGCAGAGGAGAGUUCUCCCAAUAUGAUAGUCUACCGCAAAAUUGAAGACAUCAUUACAAAGAUGCAAGAUGACAAGACAGGGGGUGUGCCCAUCAGAACAGUCAAGAGCUUUCUCUCCAAAAUCCCCAGUGUCGUCACAGGUACUGACAUUGUGCAGUGGCUUAUGAAGAACCUUUCCAUCGAGGACCCAGUUGAAGCAAUACACUUGGGAAGCCUUAUCGCUGCCCAGGGCUACAUCUUCCCCAUCUCGGACCACGUUCUCACCAUGAAGGAUGAUGGCACCUUUUACCGUUUUCAGGCCCCGUACUUCUGGCCUUCAAACUGCUGGGAGCCUGAAAACACCGACUAUGCCAUCUAUCUCUGUAAGAGGACAAUGCAGAAUAAAGCAAGGCUGGAAUUGGCAGAUUAUGAAGCAGAAAACUUAGCAAGACUCCAGAGGGCCUUUGCAAGGAAGUGGGAAUUCAUCUUUAUGCAAGCAGAAGCACAAGUAAAGAUUGAUCGGAAAAAGGACAAGACAGAAAGGAAAAUUUUGGAUAGUCAAGAACGGGCCUUUUGGGAUGUCCACAGGCCAGUGCCAGGCUGUGUGAACACAACAGAAAUGGAUAUCAGAAAAUGUCGACGAUUGAAGAAUCCACAAAAGGUUAAAAAGUCGGUGUAUGGCGUGACUGAAGAGUCCCAGUCGCAAAGCCCCGUGCACAUACCCAGCCAGCCAAUCAGGAAAACUACAAAAGAGGACAUCCGGAAACAGAUAACGUUUUUGAAUGCACAGAUUGACAGACACUGUUUAAAAAUGUCCAAAGUGGCUGAAAGCUUAAUCGCUUACACGGAACAGUAUGUGGAAUAUGAUCUGUUGAUUACACCAGCCGAGCCGUCCAAUCCCUGGGUCAGCGACGAUAUCGCUUUAUGGGACAUAGAGAUGAGCAAAGAGCCCAGCCAGCAACGGGUAAAGAGAUGGGGCUUCUCUUUCGACGAGAUAUUGAAGGACCAGGUGGGGAGGGACCAGUUUCUACGGUUCCUGGAGUCCGAAUUCAGUUCAGAAAACCUCAGGUUCUGGUUGGCUGUCCAAGAUCUCAAGAAGCAACCCCUACAGGAUGUGGCCAAGAGGGUGGAAGAAAUCUGGCAAGAGUUUCUGGCUCCAGGAGCCCCAAGUGCAAUCAACCUGGAUUCUCACAGCUAUGAGAUAACCAGUCAAAAUGUCAAAGAUGGAGGGAGAUACACAUUCGAAGAUGCUCAGGAGCACAUCUACAAGCUGAUGAAGAGUGACAGCUAUGCGCGCUUCCUCCGGUCAAAUGCUUACCAGGACUUGCUGCUGGCCAAGAAGAAGCCAGAAAGUGAGCAAGGUCGUAGAACUUCCUUAGAAAAGUUCACUCGCAGCGUGGGAAAGUCGCUGGCGGGCAAGCGCCUCACCGGCCUGAUGCAGUCCUCCUGACGGUUCCCAUCGCAGGGCCCGGGGACGAGAACCACGCGGGCAGGCGGCGGCGCUCCACAUCCGCGGACAGAGCCUCCUUAAGGGGAGAUCUGGUCACUGUGAAGGAGAAAGAGUGAGGACGAUGGAGGGCAACGGUGGGAAGACUCAGGGGGUGAGCGGGGAGAGCGGAAAGAAAGAGUCCACAGAGUCUGGGGUCGCCCGGCAGGGGCCCCUGUUUACAGCCCUCUCUUCCUUGUACAGUCGUGCGCCGACACCCGGUUCUCUGAGAGGACCUUGUCACUAAACCAUUCAGGGGAGAACACCUCGGGGGCUCCUGUUGUGACUGUCACCUAACAUUAUAUUCUUAUUCGCAUCACUCCUCCGCGGUCUGGGGGAUCACGCCUUCCGGCAAAUGCAAAAGGGACCAGCUGGCCCUGAGCACAUCCAGUAUUUCGCGCUGCCUCCCCACCGUCCCCCUGGUGAACCAGCAGCACCCACCAUAGUUACAGCCACUGUGUCCCGCCCACCUCCUGCCUCCCCCCAUCUCUGUGGCCACCGGGGUGUAAGGAGCUGGCACCAGGCGCCACCCUCAGGCGACAUGUCCCAAUCACGUCGUCAGUGCUGAGCAACCUCAUGGAUGGCUUCACCUCAAGUUCUUUCAAGCCCCUUGGAGGCCAACUUUGGAAGAGGUCUCCACAGGCGGGGUGGCUGCCCUCUGGUCCUGUCAAAUGUCUCAAGGGUCCAACACCAGAGGAAGUGCCAGUCUAGAUGAAAGAGCUUCUGGUUUACAAGAUGCGCAGGUCCUGACCAUCUUUUUAAAAAUUUAUUAUUUCGUAAUUUAUUCUGGUUUUGCCCCUUGCUCUUUGGUUUGUUCCCUCAUGUUUUACUCAAAAUAAACAUGGCCAUGAACUCAGGGGCCAUUGGGAUCCUUCCCUCUGGCAGCCCCAGGUGGAAGCUGGGAGGGCUCCCAGCUGGAGGCAGAUGGGUGGCAAGGCGGGCAGUCCUGAGGGCGGGGCCGGGACCCUGCGGGACCAGGUCUCCUUAUGGUCUGAAGCUGGGGCAGAAUCUGCUACAGAGGGACUAGGCCAGGGCCAAAUGAUUCUCUGAUGGCCCAGCAAAGGCGCCCCACUAACCGAUACCAGACAUCAAGGGAAAAAGCAGACAGAAAGCAAAACCUACAAAAACCUGCAAAAGACCCCCUUGUCUUCCCUUCGUGCGUGUGUCAAAAUGACCACCUGCCAACUUGGCUACAAGAUCCUGUACGUAAACCACUGAGUCAGGUGCCCGACGUGUAGUAGGUGCUUAGCAAUCGGUAUCUAUUACUCGUCAUUGUCGUUGUCGUCACGUGACUCCCAUGAGCCCUCGGACAGAGCGGAAUUCAGCGACACUGAAUUUGAAUUCAGACACUCUCCCCCACCUGCUAUGACUAUCCUUCUUUGAGCUGUUUUUGGCCCUAGGUGAAAACUCUCCCUUGGGAGUGUAUAAACAGCAAACGUAGAAGCAAAAAGCAAUCACUGGUACAUCUCUCCUCAUGUAGGCAGAUUCACCAGCUGCUGACCAAAGGCUCAUAAGCUUGUUUGCAGACCCUGCCUCCUGGGUGCUCC